AGAGCGACCGUCACAAGGGCUUCACUAACCAGAACCGUCUCAACAUUGAUUACAGCACAUAGGCGUUAAAGGGCUGCAUCGGCAAAAUCACACUAAAUCAGGUGGAAAGAGCAAUACCACUUCUUUAAUACAGAAUCAUUUUAACAAAGGUCCUCCAUCAAUGGCGUCUGUUCAGUUCCGCCAAGCCCUUCUCAUGCUCAAACUAGGGAUGGAGGACAGUCCCCCAUCUGACGUCGGAGAGGACAUGACGUGUCCAAGAUGUCUGCCGUCGUCUCAGCUCGACUACAGCUUGUUCCGCAGAUGUUCCCUGGAGGUGCCAGACAUGUGCUUGUGUAAAGACAGUCGACGUCAAUCAGUUCACUGGGCAGAUGAAAGUCACCCGAGUCUGGAGACACCGAGAUCUCAGACAUCGAAAACAACUAAAGCCAAGAGGAACAAGCCAAGGUCCAUUCUCAAGACAAAGGACAGCGAAGAGAACUCAUGAUGAGCCGAAUGACGUCAGCUGAUACGACGAAGAGCAGAUAUGUCCAGGUAUCCCAGUUGGACAGUUGCUUGAUUGCAAUACCUGAAUUGGUACGUUCUUGGUGCAAUACCCGUAACGACACGUGUCCAGUGACACCUGACGCUAGAUCUAGACAUCCAACAGUCGACAAUUCUCCCAUCGGAAUGGACAAAUGCUGACAAUCACCUCUCGAUGGCGAAAUGAUGAAAUAGUGUAAGCGGCGAUAAGUUUCUUUUUAUAUUAUUACCAACUCUGACGUCAUGAAGCAUUCAUAAUAAGACGAGUUGUCUUGCGUUGUUCUCUCUGUUCACGUCCUUGGUUUGUACGUUCUAUUCACUAUGUUAUACAUUUAUACUUUGAAAAUAAAACAUUUUGUCAGAA